AUGGAAAACAACAAGCCAACGUUACUACCAUUUGACACUACUGAUACCUCAUCUAUAGGAACACGCUGGAAAAAGUGGAAGCGAUCAUUAGAAUUAUACCUCGAAGUGAAUUGCGUUGCUCUUGCUUCCAGAAAAAAGGCAUAUUUGUUGCAUUACGGCGGAGCGCAUAUACAAGAUAUUUUUUACGAUAUACCAGGAAACGAUGAAGCGCCACCGGCUGGGUCAGAUAUUUUCCGUGAGGCAAUAAAGUUACUUGAUGCUCAUUUCGCACCCUUCUCCAAUACUCCCUACGAUCGUUAUCUUUUUCGAAAAAUCAAACAAGCAGAAGACGAAUCCGUAGAGAAGUUUGUCGCUCGUCUCCGCGAACAAGGACGUUUGUGUGAGUACGGUAAUGCACUGGAUAUGAGGAUUACUGAGCAAGUGUUCGAUAAUAGUCUCUCUGACAAUCUGCGGGAGGCGAUUAUUAAAAAGAAACUCAUGACAGUAGAAGAGAUCGUACAAGAGGCACGCGUUUUGGAAACAGUAAAUAGAAACAGAGCAGACAUGAAAAAAAGUUUUGAUCCAGUGGAACAAAGUAGUGUGAAUCAAAUCAGAAAAGCGAAAAAGAAUGAAAAAUGUUUUCGAUGUGGAAAUAUCGGGCACUUUGCAAAUGAUAAAAAUUGCCCCGCCAAGAAUAAAAUUUGUGAUUCUUGUAAAAUAGUGGGACAUUUUAGAAAAAUGUGCAGAACAAAACCAGAAAACCGUAAAACAAAACAGCAGAAAGCGAAAAGAGUAUGGCAAUGCCAGGAUUCCGGAGACGAGGUUGGUGCUAAAGGCGGCGAUCUCAGUAGUGACGAUAGUGACGACGAUGUACAACAAGUUUACGCUACGGGCACUAAACACGACAAGAUAACGUGCUAUACAGGUGGAGUUAAAAUUGACUGGAUCGUAGAUUCUGGAGCCCACGUUAAUGUUAUCAGCCGGGGUACAUGGCGCCGGCUAAAACUACAAGGAUGCAAAUAUAGCGAGGUUCGGAAAACGCGUAAAUUUCUUCGGGUAUAUGGUGACGGUAAGAUAAAAGUUCAUAAAAUAUUCAAGGCGGAUAUAGCGACCCGAGCAAAAAAGGUAUUUCAUGAAAUAUACGUCGUUAAAAAUAUGGAAGGCGCCAGCUUGCUGAGCAAAUCCACGGCUUUAGAAUUAAAUGUUUUAAAGAUAUACGGUGAAGUAUUUUGCGUUCGGGAUAAGGCAGACCUGGAAGUGGGAAAACUGAAGAAUCUACAAGUAAAAUUAAAAAUCAACACUGAUGUUCUGCCUGUUCAGCAGCCUGCAAGACGUUUACCAAUUCCGUUACUAGAUAUUGUCGAAGAAAAACUGAAUGACCUGCUACAGCAGGAUAUAAUUGAGCCCGCGCCCCUUAAGAUUACAUGGGCAUCACCUUUAGUAGUUACUCCGAAGGACUGUGGAAAAAAUGUUCGGCUAUGUGUUGAUAUGCGCAUGGCCAAUAAAGCUAUAAUCCCCGAGAGACAUCCGUUACCAACAUUCGAUGAGAUAAUGCCUCACCUGAGCGGGUGCAAGUUCUUUAGCAAAAUCGACCUGGUAAAGGCGUUUCACCAAAUCGAAUUAGACCCCGACUCUCGCGAAAUAACUACCUUCGUGACUCCGAAUGCAUAUUACAGAUACAAGAGGCUCAUGUUUGGUAUGAACUGUGCCGCUGAAAUAUUUCAGCGAGAAAUAGAACGAGUAUUGAAGGGAUUGAAAAACGUGCGUGUUUUUAUCGACGAUAUUCUCGUUUUCGCAACGACGAGGCAGGAGCAUGAUAUCAGCGUAAAACUAGUUUUGCAGCGGCUCGCCGAAUAUGGAUUAACGGUGAAUAUCAAGAAAUGCGAGUUUGGAAGGAAAUCUGUAGAUUUCAUGGGUCACACAUUAUCGGAACAUGGUAUACUCCCGAUGAACAAUAAGGUUAAUGCGAUACAGUCGUUUAGGCAGCCACAAUCUGCGAGCGAAAUGCGAAGUUUUCUCGGUUUAGUGAACUACGUAGGCAAGUUCAUUCCAAACCUUUCGGAAAUAUCAACAUCGUUGCGACAAAUGACUGUUAAAGGUGCUAAAUUUAAGUGGACAACAGAGAGACUGCGGGCAUUUGAAAGACUCAAAGCAGCGCUUGCUAAUCCUCAGCAUCUGGGAUACUACAAUCCGCGGAACAAAACGAUACUAAUCACUGACGCGAGCGAUAACGGAUUAGGUGCCGUGCUGGUACAAGUCACACACAACGAGCCCCGUGUGAUUAGUUAUGCAAGCAAGACUUUAUCCCAGACAGAGCGAAAAUACUCGACUAUUGAUAAAGAGGCUUUAGGCGUUGCUUGGGCUUGUGACAGGUUUCAGAUGUAUUUGACGGGUCUUCAGUUUACAAUACUAACUGAUCAUAAGCCAUUGUUAAAUAUAUUUAACGAAAAAUCGACACCAAACAAGCGACAGGAACGCUGGGUAUUAAGAAUGCAGAGUUACCGUUAUCGAAUGGUACACAUUCCAGGAAACAACAAUGUGGCAGACCCGUUAUCACGGCUUCCAAAACAAACAGAGGACAAGACGUAUGAUAAAAGAUCAGAAGCGGCUCUCUGUGCUAUCGUGGAGGUUAGCAGACCAACAGCAACCACUAUGAGUGAAGUUAUACAGUUUUCUCGGGAGGACAAAGAGAUACAACAAGUGAAGCAGGCAUUGCAGGACGACAAAUGGGAAGGUGAAUUAAAACGGUACGCUCCAUUCAAAAGUGAAUUAUGCUUUGCAAACGAAGUAUUGUUGAGAGGAUCCAGAAUUGUUGUUCCAGUUCAACUGCGACAAACAGUUCUUACGUUAGCUCAUAUUGGACACCCAGGCCGUGAAAAAAUGAAGCGUAGAAUGAGAGUUGCUGUUUGGUGGCCUGGUAUGGAUACUGACGCGGAGAAAAUAUGCAAACAGUGUUUCGAUUGUCAAUUAGUUGCACCAUUCGAGAAGCCAGAACCGUUAUGUAUUCGAGAUUUGCCUGCUGCUCCUUGGGUUCACCUUUCUGGAGAUUUCCUUGGGCCGUUACCGGAUGAUAGCUACAUAUUCGUAUUGAUCGACCACUACAGCAGAUACGUUUUGGCAGAACCCAUGAAAAGAACUACCUCGCAUGAUGUGAUUCGGUUCUUGAGACAAACCUUCACAAGAAUGGGUCUUCCACAGGUACUGACAUUUGAUAAUGCAAGGAACUUUUCAAGCCAAGAAAUGGUGGACUACUGUGUCGAUCAUGGAAUCAAACUGACUCAUACUACGCCUUAUUAUCCCAGCGCUAAUGGGGAAGUCGAAAGACAGAAUCGUCCGUUGAUGAAAAUUCUAAAAAUAAGUAAACAAAAAGGUACAAACUGGCAUGAAGCAAUCCAGGAAUAUCUUUAUAUGUAUUCUCUAACUCCACAUACUGUGACAGGAAUUCCACCAGCGCAGUUAAUGUUUGGGAGAAGGUUUCGCGAUCUGAUCCCCCAUCUACAAAUGGACUGUUUAGAGGAUGAAGAAAUGCGCGAUAGGGAUAGAACAACAAAAUACAAUACAAAACAAUAUCGAGAUCUUAAGGUCGGUGCAAGAGAAUCAUUAGUAGCGGUUGGAGACGAUGUCUUAGUGAAGAACAUGAUACCUCAGAAUAAACUUGCAGCAAAAUUUCUUCCUGUGCCAGCAAAAGUGAUCGAAAGACAUGGUAAUAGCCUAACCUUGGAGACACCAGAAGGUCAAACAUAUAAGCGAAAUACUUCCCAUGUGAGACCUUUGAUACGACCAUCUGUAACUGAGGACGAGCUACAAGAAACACCGGCUUUCACAUCAGUAGGUCGGCUCAACUCGACUGUAGAAGGAGAACCCCGCGGAGAAGUUACCAAGAUGAUGAGACCACAACGACCCUCAAUGCGACCCAAGCGAUUCGACGAUUACUGCCUCGAUUGA